GUGCAGCCGUGGGAGCCGCGCGCGGCGGGAUUGGACGGUGGAUGACGGUGGGUCGAGAGAGAGUUUUGUUGUGCGCGAGGCGGCUGGAAUUCCGCUGCUCCAGCCUCGGGAAGUUAGCUUUCUCUUCCCCCUGUCUCUUUUUGCAGAGAGGGCGGAUUCCUGGUUUUUAUUUUCCCCGAACACUUUCUCCAGAGCUUGUUUUAUCCGGGAGAGUGUAGAUAUUUAUCCCCCACCUUCCACCCUCCACCUCAGGAUGAUAUGAUAGCGGUGGUGAGCUACCUGGGUAGGCUGAGUACUUAUUAGCUCCAUGCUAACAGCCAGCUAACGGGCUCGAACAACUAGCUUCCCUGGACCAAGCUAGCACGCCUGGAUUAGCCGUGCUGGUAGUGGGCAUAGUAAUUGCAGGGUUAAUUAGCUUAGCAUAUCUCAGAUAGGGUUAGUGCUAACCAGGUUAGUAGGCAGGGAUACAGUGGUAAGUUUGCUAGCAGGUUAGCUAAACAGCUGGGACAAGCCCAACAUCUCCACAGCCCUACAGCUCCACAUCUGGUUUCUGGAUCAUUUUAAAGGUUUACUGAAUCUGACAUAAUGGAGUACGUUACGCCGAGUUGCGAUUAGGACUUCUCUGCUCUGCAGUAUGUGGUGUGCCGGAGCCAGCAGAGUCCUUUGUGUGAAUAGCGUAUCGCUCCAUCAUCACACUGCCACCUCUUAUCCUCUCGUUCUGGCUUGAUGGCGCUCUGCGUUUUUCCAGCUGCCUUCACGCGUCAGCAAUGAACGUACAUGAGGAGCACGCUUCUUUAACCGGACGCAUCUGAAUCGCAAUUCGUUCAAAAGGAGGACUUUGGCGAGCACCCAGAUUAGAACUGGUUCUUAAUCACCACCAGGAGCAUCACUUUGGGAUAAUGGCUUCAGUGUGGAAAAGACUGCAGCGUGUGGGAAAGCACGCGUCCAAAUUCCAGUUCGUGGCGUCUUAUCAGGAGCUGAUGGUGGAAUGUACGAAAAAAUGGCAACCAGACAAGCUUGUGGUGGUGUGGACCCGUAGGAGUCGACGGAAAUCCUCCAAGUCUCAUAGUUGGCAGCCAGGCAUUAAAAACCCGUACAGAGGAGUGGUGGUGUGGCCUGUUCCUGAGAACGUGGAGAUCACAGUCACCCUGUUUAAGGACCCUCAUGCAGAGGAGUUUGAAGAUAAAGACUGGACAUUUGUUAUUGAGAAUGAGUCUCCGUCAGGUCGGAGGAAAGCCCUGGCCACCAGCAGCAUCAAUAUGAAGCAGUACGCGAGCCCCAUGCCCACGCAGACUGACGUCAAACUCAAAUUCAAGCCUCUCUCCAAAAAGGUGGUGGCGGCUACGCUGCAGUUCUCGCUCUCCUGCAUCUUUCUGCGAGAGGGCAAAGCGACAGAUGAAGACAUGCAGAGUCUGGCCAGUCUGAUGAGCAUGAAGCAGGCCGACAUCGGCAACCUGGACGACUUUGAAGAGGAGAACGAGGAGGACGAGGAGAACCGCGUCAACCAGGAGGAGAAAGCUGCCAAAAUCACAGAGAUAAUCAGGCAAUUAAACGCCCUCAGCAGUAUAGAUGGAGACGCAGAUGAAGGCCCAAAGCACGCCCUCAAAGCAGCCUGUUCUCCUGCAGAGUUAAUCAGUAAGCUGAACUUCCUGGAUGAAGACGAGCACGAGCAAAACCUCACCAGGUCCAACCCCUUCGAGGAGGCUGAUGACCCAGUGGACCUCAAUCCAUUCGGUGAUCCUGAUGAAGAGGAAUCAGCCAUGGCACCCCCUCUGGAAUCCACCUUAAAAGACGAGGACUCCACAAAUCCUCUGAACCCGUUCGACGAGCCGGACCCGGAGCCGGAUCACGAAUCGGAUCCAGAACGACCUGAGUACAAGAACCCUUUUGAUGAACCUGAGCCUGAGAACUUUCCUCCGAAAGGAAGCACGAGGAAGAUCCCACAUCCUGUAGACAUGAGCAAAUACCUGUACGCAGACAGCAUCAAGACGGGGGAGGUGGAGGAGAUGGAUGAAUCGAACCCCUUCUACGAGGGCAAAUCAGGCAGUACAUAUGAGUCUGCUACAGAAAGCCCGGCUGCAUCGAUGAACAUCAAGCGGCGCGCCCCCCUUCCCCCAGCCGCCCCCUCAGUGACCCCUGCCAGCCCUGCAGUGCCCAGUGACCCCAAACCAGCUGUACCUGACAAGGUGCCCAUCACCUGCCCUGCACCAGCACUGAGAGAGCUGAUCUCUUCUUCACCAAAGGCCAGCCCGGUGCCCAGUCCGGUUUUGGGUGGAAGGCGAGCCAGUCAGUCGCUCCUCGUCUGGUCGGAGGUGACCAAGAACUACCGUGGCGUCAAGAUCACCAACUUCACCACAUCAUGGAGGAACGGCCUCGCCUUCUGCGCCCUGCUCCACCACUUCAGACCAGAUCUCAUUGACUACAAGUCUCUGAAUCCUCAAGACAUUAAAGAAAACAACAAAAAGGCAUAUGAUGGCUUUGCUAGUCUGGGCAUCUCUCGGCUGCUGGAGCCAGCUGACAUGGUGCUACUGGCGAUCCCGGACAAGCUGACCGUGAUGACGUACCUGUAUCAGAUCCGUGCACACUUCAGCGGUCAGGAGCUGAGUGUGUUACAGAUCGAGGCCCAGGCCGGCCGCAGCACCUACAAAGUGGGCGACUUUCACACAGACACCGAGAGCUCCGUGGCUCACGACACGUUUUACGCCGAGCUUCACAGUGAGGCGCAGCCCCGCGAGGAAGGCGGAGGUAAAGACGGCGAGGUAGCGGAAACCCUUACUUGCGCGUCCUCAGCUCCGGCCAGAACGGAACUAGUUCUUUCCCGAGCCGACGCACCGGAAGCGAAAGAGGAUGUGAUUGAUGCGAGUCGAGAGAGGGAAAAAGAAAAAGAGAGGGAGGUGGUGGCUCCGGAGGGUGGAGUUCAACAGCAGGCUUCUGUUUUACACUUACACACGCUUGGUUUCGGCAACAACCGAGACACUGACAUGAACAAGAAGAGGAGUGCGAGACAGAACGAAGUGAGAGAGAACACAGCGAAAGAGUGCAGCUCAUUACAGAACAACCAUUCAGAUACAUCCAACAAACACACGCAGGAUGCUGCUUCUGUCCCCGUGUCCAUCAGCAGCGAAAAGAAAGCGCAGUCUCGUCAGGAGGAGCUGAAGGAGAGAGCUCGUCUCCUGCUGGAGCAGGCUCGCAGAGACGCAGCCCUGAAAGCCAGGAACAAAUCUGUCCCGAGCGCCACCUCGCCUACACACACACGCCCGCCACAGGCCAUCGACGAGCGUGACGAGGAGAGGCGCAGGCAGCUGAGGGAGCGAGCGAGGCAGCUGAUAGCGGAGGCUCGAUCAGGAGUGAAGAUGGCUGAGUUCCCUCUGCACUCAGACACCUCCACUUCUGCAGGAGAGUUCAAAGGAAGGUCAAAGGCAGCUGGAGCUCCAGAUAUGGUGGGUAGGGUGUGUGUUGAUGCUGCGGAUGAGAGGGAUGAAGACGAGCAAGUGGCUGCAUCACCCGAUGAUGAUGUCACUGUUUUUGAUAAUGAAGAGGAGCCAAUGGCCUCCUGUCUGCUGGAGGAUGACUUUACUAACUCUACUACUGACCUGGCUUCUCUGGGCGUGAUGAACAGCAGGCAUGUGGAUCUGAAGCUGAAGAAGCUGACAGAGUUUCGACCUCAGGGAGGAAGCUCACCUUCGUCCUCUUCCUCUUCCUCAUCUCUCACAGCUUCCAGCACAUCUCCACUCAGCCCAGGAGACGAGGCCCAUCUGGGUUUGCAGAAUAACAGCGAGGAGCUGAAGGCCGAGCGUCUGCGCAGGGCGACCGAGCGUCUCCGCAGUCCCGUCGUCUUCAGCAAGGAAUCAGCCGUGCGCAAGACUCAGCUCAAGUCUUUCAGCCAAUACGUAGAGAGCAGACCAGAAGUAAAAAGGCAGAGGUCAGUGCCUGAAGACCUGAAGCGAGCAGGUGAUGACAGGAGCGGUUCCUCUGAGGUGGAAAACCGAAAGCCGGGAGAAGACGAGAAGGCGUUCAGAGACACGAGUCAGUACGUGGUGGGCGAGCUGGUGGCUCUGGAGAGCGAGCAGAGGCAGAUCGACACUCGCGCCUCAUGUGUGGAGAAGCGCCUGCGCUAUCUCAUGGACACAGGGAAGAAUAAGGAGGAGGAGGAGGCCAUGAUGCAGGAGUGGUUCACGCUGGUGAAUAAGAAGAACGCUCUGAUCCGGCGCCAGAAUCAGCUCUCUCUGCUGGAGAGGGAGCAUGAUCUGGAGAGACGCUUCGAGCUGUUGAACCGGGAGUUAAGAGCAAUGCUGGCGAUUGAAGAUUGGCAGAAGACCGAGGCCCAGAAGCACCGGGAGCAGCUGCUUCUAGACGAGCUGGUCAUACUGGUCAACAAACGCGACGCUCUGGUCCGAGAUCUUGAUGCACAGGAAAAAGAGGCAGAGGAGGAGGAUGAGCACCUGGAGCGGACUCUGGAACAGAACAAAGGAAAGAUGGCUAAGAAAGAAGAAAAGUGUGUCCUCCAGUGAUUUCCUGACAGACACUAAAACACUAAACGUACUACAGAUUUCAGAAAGGAAGAGUGUUUACUACAAUUUUCAAAAAUGUAUUAUUACUAUUCUAAUGCUCGUUGCAUACUUAUGUUUAUUUCAUGUUUAGAGGAAAGUUUUGGUCAGCAUUCGCAGCACACCGCUGGUGCGUGUUAAUUCGCUAAUGCCGUUGGUUUUCUUUAUGCUGAGAGAUUACAUUUCAUCAACAUUAAUGCAUUUUUUUUCUUUUGUUUUUUAUUGUGCUGUAAAGGUACUUUUACAUGAUAAAAAAUUUUCUAAAGAUUUCAAUAACCAAGUCAUAGAUAAAGCUCCACUACAAUCCACUGACUUACUUACUGUUUGUUGUUUCAGACAGACGUGUAGCUUCACUCGUAUGGUCGUGUGUUAAUUUCCCAGUGGAGAGUAGGAUUGAGCAUUUUGAGGUACAACACAAACAUUGUUUUAUUGGGAAUGUAUUCUUUCCAUUUUAGCAUUUAAAAAAAAAAAAAAAGAAUUAUUCAGCAUUUUAACUAUUACUAUAGAUUGUUUCGGCAUUUUAAAUUUUAUUCCCAACAGUGUUUAUUACUUAAUGUUUAACUUUUAAUCCAACUGCGUUUUAAAUGUAUACCAUAUAACAAUGUUGCAUUAAAAAAAAUUACUUUUUUUUUUUUAAAACCAAAAAGUUUGGGACCCUCCAUAGCAGGAAUAGUGGAGUACUUUUAAGUGCUCACCUUUCGACUGAAUGGUUAAGAUGUACAUUUCAUUGCACUGUUUGUGGGGGAAAGAAACAGAGCGUGUGAGCGGUUUGAGAUCAGAAUUAAUUUAUUGUUCUUUGACCUUUGAGACAACUGACCAUCUUUACAACCUUGUGCAUUAACUCAAGGACCUUGUUCAUAUUUAUUGUAUACUUAAAAAAAAAAAAAAAUACUGCUUUCAUACGCAUCUCUCCGGUUCACCUCGCGUGCUGCUGUCUUAUUGUGUGAACGUUGUUUAUUUAUUCCUAAAAUGAUCGGUCAUCAAUAAAACCUGAAAUGCUUUCAUACUCUUAACUAAA